CUCUGUGGACUGCCAUGACGUCACAUCCUGAAGUUGGGUUUUACGCUCCUUGAGGCUUCAUAAACAUACGACAGCCUGUGGGGAACGAACAGUUUCAGUUCCACGCCUCUCCCCGCUGUACAAGCCACCACGGCGUAGUUCUAACUUUGAACACUUCAUCACUUAACAAUGAAUUUUUUUCUGGAAACCAUACAAGUCAUCCUUUUGUCCAUCUGGUACAAUGUGGAAUCCUUCAUUCACUGCUUUAUAGCCAAGAAGAGGAAGAACAUAUCUGGUGAGGUAGUUCUAAUCACAGGGGCGGGCAGUGGAAUUGGUCGUCUUAUGGCCCAGGAGUUUGCAACUCUUCAAACUACGCUGGUUUUGUGGGACAUAAACCAGGAAGGCAUGAAGGAAACUGCCAAUUUGGCCAAGGAGAAUGGAGCCAUUCGAGUUCACUACUAUCUUUGUGACUGUAGUGACAAAAAUGAGGUUUACAGAGUGGCUGACCAGGUAAAGCGGGAGGUGGGUGAUGUCAGCAUUUUAGUAAAUAAUGCUGGCAUUGUAACUGGAAAAAAGUUCAUGGAUGCUCCUGAUUCCCUAAUCCAAAAGACAAUGGAAGUCAACACCAUGGCACACUUCUGGACAUAUAAGGCCUUCCUACCUGCCAUGAUCGCAAAUAAUCAUGGCCAUCUGGUCAGCGUUGCCAGCUCUGCAGGACUCAUAGGAGUCAAUGGAUUGGCAGACUACUGUGCCAGCAAGUUUGCAGCAGUAGGUUUUGCAGAAUCAGUGGGUCUAGAACUCCUGGCGACUGGAAAAGAUGGUAUCAAGACCACCAUUGUUUGCCCGUACUUCAUUAAUACUGGACUGUUCGAUGGAUGUCAAACUAAAUGGCCAAGACUGCUUCCAAUCCUUGAUCCAAGUUAUGUUGCCAAGAAGAUCAUCGAGGCUGUCCUCACGGACCAAGUGUUUCUUCUGAUGCCAAAGAGCAUGUACAUCAUUGCUGCCCUUAAGAAUAUCCUCCCAAUGAAGCAGGGCCUUCUGCUCGGUCACUACUUGGGAGCCUUCAACGUGAUGGAUUCCUUCAGGGGGAAAAACCCGAAAGAAGGACGAAGGACAGAGGAGGGAGAAAAGUGAAGAGAAGG